AUGUCAGAGAAGGACCGCGGCGCCAUCCCCGGCUGCGCGCCUGACGCAGACUGCAGCAGCGUCCUCAGCUGGGAGCAAGUGCAGCGGCUGGACUCCAUCCUGACGGAGACCAUCCCGAUCCACGGCCGCGGGAACUUCCCCACGCUGGAAAUGCAGCCGCGGCAGAUCGUCAAGGCGGUGCGGACUCGGAUGGAGGAGAAACUGAUCCACGUCCGGGACGUCCGGUUAAACGGCUCUGCUGCCAGCCACAUCCUGCACGAGGACAGCGGCCUGGGCUUCAAGGACCUGGACCUGAUCUUCUGCGCGGACAUGAAGGGGGAAAGCGAGUUCCAGACUGUGAAGGACAUCGUGUUGGACUGCCUCCUGGAUUUUCUACCCGACUGUGUGAAUAAAGAGAAGAUAACCCCGCUGACGCUGAAGGAAGCCUACGUGCAGAAGAUGGUGAAGGUGUGCAACGACUCGGACCGCUGGAGUCUCAUCUCCCUCUCCAACAACCGAGGGAAGAACGUGGAGCUGAAGUUUGUGGAUUCCCUCCGGCGUCAGUUCGAGUUCAGCGUGGACUCCUUCCAGAUCAGGCUGGACUCCCUGCUGCUGUUCUACGAAUGCUCGGAGAACCCCAUGGCGGAGACCUUCCACCCCACCAUCGUGGGCGAGAGCGUGUACGGGGACUUCAGCCAGGCUCUGGACCACCUACGACACAAGAUCAUCUGCACCAGGAACCCGGAGGAGAUUCGAGGUGGGGGCCUGCUGAAGUACUGUCACCUGCUGGUGAGGGGCUUCCGGCCAGCGUCGGAGUCUGAGAUGAAGUCCCUGCAGCGCUACAUGUGCUCGCGCUUCUUCAUCGACUUCCCCGACAUCGGUGAGCAGCAGCGCAAGCUGGAGUCCUACCUUCAAAACCACUUUGUUGGCCUGGAGGACCGCAAGUACGACUACCUGAUGACCCUCCACGGAGUGGUCAACGAGAGCACUGUGUGCCUGAUGGGACAUGAAAGGCGGCAGACCUUAGGGCUCAUAGCCAUGCUGGCCGUGCGCGUCCUGGCUGAGCAGAACAUCAUCCCCAACGUGGCCAACGUUACGUGCUACUACCAGCCUGCUCCUUAUGUGGCCGAUGGCAACUUCAGUAACUACUACAUAGCACAGGUACAGCCGGUGUUCGCCUGCCAACAGCCCACGUACUCCACAUGGCUGCCGUGCAACUGA